AAAGAGAGAGAAGGAGAGCAUAGGCUGCCCAGAGCCCAGCCAGAGAUAGCUGUGCAGCAGCAGCCGGGAUGCCCUGGUUAGGCAGCCCCCCUUCGCUCCUCUGGGCACUACUAGUAGGGAUGCUCCUUUUGGGACAGGGGCAGGAAUUCCUGGACUAUUCCUAUGAUCUGGAGGAGGUGGAAGAAAGCAUAGAUUACAAAGACCCCUGCAAAGCUGCUGCCUUCUGGGGAGACAUUGCUCUGGAUGAGGAAGACUUGGCAAACUUUAAAGUUGACCGAAUAGUAGAUUUAACAAAGCACACAAUAUCUACAGUCUCAGGUGCUGCGUCCAACAGCUCCAGGCCACACAAAGGCCGACGCAUGAGGAAAGAAAGACGGCGUUCUCGAGAAAGGAGAGCAGCGACAUCCCGACCUGAGAGGGUUUGGCCAGAUGGUGUCAUUCCCUAUGUAAUUAGUGGAAAUUUCAGUGGCAGUCAGAGGGCAAUAUUCCGGCAAGCAAUGCGCCAUUGGGAGAAGCACACGUGCGUCACUUUCCUAGAGAGGACGGAUGAGGACAGUUACAUUGUUUUUACAUACAGACCAUGCGGAUGCUGCUCUUAUGUGGGCCGACGUGGUGGUGGCCCGCAAGCCAUAUCUAUUGGCAAAAACUGUGACAAAUUUGGCAUUGUUGUUCACGAGUUGGGUCACGUCAUAGGAUUCUGGCAUGAACACACCAGGCCCGACCGGGAUGACCACGUGUCAAUCAUCAGGGAGAAUAUUCAACCGGGACAGGAGUAUAACUUCUUGAAGAUGGAGCCAGAAGAGGUUGAGUCCCUUGGAGAAACCUAUGAUUUUGAUAGCAUUAUGCACUACGCACGCAACACCUUUUCCAGAGGGAUUUUCCUGGACACGAUCCUGCCCAAAUAUGAUGUGAAUGGUGUGAGACCUCCAAUUGGACAGAGAACGCGGUUAAGUUCUGGAGACAUUGCACAAGCCAGGAAGCUGUACAAGUGUCCAGCUUGCGGGGAGACGCUCCAGGACAGUCAGGGUAACUUCUCAUCUCCUGGCUUCCCCAAUGGAUACUCUGCGUACAUGCACUGUGUUUGGCGACUGUCUGUCACCCCUGGGGAAAAGAUUAUACUGAACUUUACCUCUUUGGAUCUGUACCGCAGCCGCCUCUGCUGGUAUGACUACAUUGAAGUCAGAGAUGGUUUCUGGAAAAAGGCCCCACUCCGAGGGAGGUUCUGCGGAGACAAGAUACCAGAGCCCAUCAUAUCCACAGAGAGUCGCCUGUGGAUUGAGUUCCGGAGCAGCAGCAACUGGGUGGGAAAAGGAUUCCAGGCUGUAUAUGAAGCACUGUGUGGAGGAGACGUAAAGAAAGACUCUGGUCACAUCCAGUCCCCAAAUUACCCAGACGAUUACAGACCCAACAAGGCCUGCGUGUGGAAGCUGAGUGUGUCUGACGGGUUCCAUGUCGGAGUCUCAUUCCAGUCCUUUGAGAUUGAACGGCAUGACAGUUGCGCAUAUGAUUAUCUGGAGAUCCGAGAUGGCAGCUCAGAAUCCAGCCCACUGAUUGGCCGUUUCUGUGGUUAUGACAAACCAGAUGACAUCAAAAGUUCAACAAACCAGCUAUGGAUUAAAUUUGUGUCUGAUGGUUCCAUCAACAAGGCUGGCUUCUCACUUAACUAUUUCAAAGAGGUGGAUGAGUGUUCCCGCCCUAAUAAUGGAGGAUGUGAGCAGCGCUGUGUAAACACUCUGGGCAGCUACAAGUGUGCCUGUGACCCAGGAUAUGAACUGGGACCAGAUAAGAAGUCAUGUGAAGCUGCCUGUGGUGGAUUCCUGACCAAACUAAAUGGCUCAAUCACCAGCCCAGGAUGGCCCAAAGAGUAUCCUCCAAACAAAAACUGUGUGUGGCAGCUAGUGGCACCAACCCAGUAUCGCAUCUCACUCAAGUUUGAUCAGUUUGAAACAGAAGGCAAUGAUGUGUGCAAAUACGAUUUUGUGGAGGUUCGCAGUGGGCUGACGUCAGACUCCAAACUGCACGGGAAGUUCUGUGGCUCAGAGCUCCCAGCGGUGAUCACCUCCCAGUACAAUAACAUGCGCAUUGAGUUCAAAUCUGAUAACACUGUGUCUAAGAAAGGUUUCCAAGCUCAUUUCUUCUCAGAUAAGGACGAAUGUUCCCGAGAUAAUGGGGGCUGUCAGCACGAGUGCACAAACACACUGGGGAGCUAUACCUGCCAGUGCCGAAGUGGUUUUACCCUGCAUGAAAACAAGCAUGACUGCAAAGAGGCUGGUUGUGACCAUAAAGUGACAGGCAGCACUGGGACCAUCUCAAGCCCUAACUGGCCAGAUAAGUACCCAAGCAAGAAGGUCUGCACUUGGCAAAUUACCGCCACGGCGGGCCAUCGUGUCAAACUGACUGUGUCAGAAGUAGACCUGGAGUCCCACCAAGAAUGCCUGUAUGACCAUGUGGAGGUUUAUUCAGGACAUGAUGCUCAGUCUCCCGUGCUCACUCGCUUCUGUGGCAGUAAGAUUCCAGAUCCAAUUAUCUCUCCGGGCAGCACCAUGUUCCUAAAGUUUGUGUCAGACAACUCUGUCCAGAAGAGAGGCUUUCUGGGAGAGCUAUCAUCAGUCUGCGGUGGGACUCUUAAUGCCGAAGUCCGUACACAGGAUCUGUACUCCCAUGCAAAGUUUGGGGAUGACACGCACCCUUCUGGCACAGAGUGUUUGUGGCACAUAGUGUCAGAGGCUGGGUAUGGUGUGGAGCUGGUCUUUCAGAGCUUUGAGUUAGAAGAAGAACCAGACUGUGGGUAUGACUACAUGGAAUUGUAUGAUGGGCCAGAUGAGGGAGCCCCCCGUCUGGGGAGGUACUGCGGGUCAGGGCCCCCGGAGGAGGUGUACUCUGCUGGCGACGCAUUGACAAUCAAGUUCCACUCAGAUGAUACAAUAAAUAAAAAGGGAUUCCACGUUCGAUUUACCAGCACCAAAUUCCAGGACACUCUGCAUGCCCGCAAGUGACACCCAUUAACCAUUUUUUCCCUAAAACCCAUACAUAAGACCCAGCAUCUGUGGGGACAACAGAUGAAGUGCAGGACCCCCCAAAACAAGAUCUGCAUGUGUGAGGCCCCCAAACUCCCACUAUGCAGAAUUAAGGACAGGCAAAAGCCUCAGGGAUAUGCAAGGGCACCAACAUUUGAGACAUAUAUUGCCAUAAUAUUUCACUUGGUAUACACAGCUACGUUCUUGACACAUUUGAUGAGAGUUACACACAUUUUGAGAUAAGCUCACACUGCCUCAUAGACUGUAUGUCUGUAGCAUAUAAAUACUGUCUCUUAUGGGGCUAGUGAAAAUUGUGGUUAGGAAUAUAAUAGGGAGCUGGCCACUGCCUCUGAUGUUCUUCUCGUAAAGCUCGGAACAAUCAGAUUCUAUUAUCUAAUCCUGAUACCAGUCGGGACUUGACCCCUGCCUUUACCUCGUGGACCUUCUAACUUGUGCCUUUUAUUUUACAUUUACUGAUUUUAAAUUAAUUACAUUGCCUUACCAAUCCUUCGAACCCAAGUUUAUUCCUUUUACUUUCUCUUUCCUUUCAAAAAUAUGACUUUCCCCACCACCUAGGUCUUAGCCCUUUACCCAGUCUUACUUCUGAUUCUUACACUUCACCAUCUACCCCAGUGGUUGCCAAACUGAUGUUUUGUUGUUAUCACCGUAGCACAUGUGGAGGGGGAUUCUAACAGACAUCUCUGUGCUAUGACUAAUGUAACCCUAGUGCUGUGAAGAUAUCCACAAAAUGCCCACUGAUGGUGGCUCCUGGGGGUUUGGAAACUACGCUCCUACACUUAAACUGUUUUAGUUUUCCUUGAUCUCUUCCAUGUUUUAAAGACAUUGACCUGUUUCAACUGGUUGCAGAAAAAGACCUUUUUAUACCCCCUCCCCAUAAUGUCUCUCUGAUAUUCCACCUGGAAUGUCAUGUUAACUAUGGACUUAUUAAAGAUGGACACCACUGUG